GCCAGUUCCCUCCAAAACGGGAUGCCCUGUGGCAGCCACGGGAGGUCGAGCUGGCUUUCCCAAAAGGUGGUCCGUGCGCCCCUGGACAAAGAAACGUGCUCAUGCCUUGAGAAAGUGGACUAAGCCCGGGAGAGCAGGGACAGCAGAGACAACCCGUCCCCACGCACAGGGGCGGAGAGGGCCCCAGCCACCGCCCAGGCUGCACGCAGGGGUUGGAGGCGGGGACGGGGCUGGGACUGGGCCGGGGCGGGGCGGGGCCCGGCAGUGUGUGCGGGCAGGUGAGCGGGGCGGGGCCGGCAGCGGCUCCUGGCAGCCCGGAGCCGCCCGUGGCCUUCCGCGCAGUGGCUCGCCAUGGGCGGCCAGGACUGCGGCGUCGCCGUCGCCGUCGCGCUGCUGGGCGCGCUAGUGCUGGGCGCGGCGCGCGGGGCAGGAGAUGUGGAGAUCACUGUGCCCCAGGGAAGCGGCGUCACCGUCCUUGUAAAGAGGGGAACCCUGGCCCUGGCCCUGAGAUCCUGCUACCUCAUCGCUGACAAGCGGCAUGUGGACACGCUGUCCGUGAAGCCUGGGGAGCGGAGGAGCUUCGCCUUCACCUGCCAGGACCCUGCGAAGCACUUUGUGUUGGAGAUCAAGAAGAACAUCGACUGUGCAUCUGGGCUGUGUCCCUUGGGCGAGGUCCCACUGCAGCCUCCCGUCUCGGCGAUGCCCGCCCUCAACAGAACCUUCGUGUGGGACGUGCAUGCCCGCAAAAGCACGGGCCUGGAGCUGCGCUUCUCCGGGCCCCGCCUCCGGCAGAUGGGGCCAGGCGACUAUUGCCCUGAUGGCAUCACCCACACCAUCAGUGGCCUCGUGGCUGCUGCCGUGGUCAGGAUCGGCACCUUCUGUGGCAACAAUGGCACGGUCUCCCGCAUCAAACUGCAGGAGGGGGUGAAGGUGGCCCUGCACGUCCCUUGGUACCAGAACAGAAACAUGUCUGGCUUCAGCAUCGCCAACCACACAGCCAUAAAACGCCUGUGCAUCAUCGAGUCUGUGUUUGAGGGCGAAGGCGCGGCCACCCUGAUGUCAGCCAACUAUCCGGCCGGCUUCCCCGAGGACGAGCUCAUGACCUGGCAGUUCGUGGUCCCCGCACACCUGCGGGCCAGCGUGACCUUCCUGGACUUCAACCUGUCCAACUGCGAGCGCAAGGAGGAGCGCGUGGAAUACUACAUCCCGGGCUCGGCCACCAACCCCGAGGUGUUCCGACUGGACGACCCGCAACCGGGCAACAUGGCCGGGAACUUCAACCUGUCCCUGCAGGGCUGCGACCAGGAUGCCCAAAGCCCGGGCAUCCUGCGGCUGCGCUUCCGGGUGCUGGUGCAGAUCCCACAGAACGAAAGCAACAAAACCUACGUGGUGGACCUGAGCCAGGAUCGGACGCUGUCGCUCACCAUCCAGCCGCGGUCCAAGCUGAGCCGCAGGUUCGUCGCUGGCUGCUUCGUAUGCCUGGAGUCCCGGACUUGCAGCCCCAACGUCACCCUGGCGCCCGGCUCCAGAUACACCAUCUCCUUCCUCUGCGACGACCUGACGCGGCUGUGGGCCAUGGCGGAGAAGACCCUAAGCUGCAUGGACUACCACUACUGCCAGCGGAAGUCCUUUCCGCUGCAGGUGCCCAGCGACAUCCUGCGGCUGCCCGUGCAGCUGCGCGACUUCUCCUGGAGGCUGCAGGUGCCCAAGGACAGGCUCAGCCUGGCGCUGACACCGGCGCGCAAGCUGCAGCAGCACACACACGAGCGGCCCUGCAACGCCAGCUCCAGCUACCUGGUGGCCAGUGGCGGCCCGGGCCAGGAUGUGUACUUUGGCUCCUUCUGUGUGGGCGGCUCCAUCAAGCAGCUGCUGCUGCGGCAGAACAGCUCGGUGACUCUGCGCACCUUUGCGCCCCGCCUCCAGACGGAGGUCCCGGGUCUGACCGUGUCCUUCCUGCCGUACUUCAAAGAGGAAGGGAUCUUCACGGUGACCCCAGACACUAAGACCAAGGUCUACCUGAGGACCCCGAACUGGGACCAUGGGCUGCCAGCCCUGUCCUCCAUGUCCUGGAACAUCAGUGUGCCCAGCGGCCAGGAGGCCUGCCUCACCUUCUCCAAGGAGCGCACCGGCGUGGUCUGCCAGUCAGGGCGAGCGUUCAUGAUCAUCCAGGAGCAGCGCACACGGGCCGAGGAGAUCUUCAGCCUGGAGGAUGACAGGCUCCCCAAGCCAAGCUUCCACCGCCACAGCUUCUGGGUCAACAUCUCCAACUGCAGCCCCGCCAGCGGCAAGCAGCUGGACCUGCUCUUCUGGGUGACUGUGACCCCAAGGACCUUGGACUUGACAGUUGUCAUCGCUGCUGUGGUGGGAGGCGGAGUCUCACUGCUCUUCGUCCUCGGGCUGAUCAUUUGCUGUGCGAAAAAGAAGAAGAAGAAGGUGGAUAGGGGCCCCGCCGUGGGCGUCUACAACGGCAACGUCAACACCCAGAUGCCGCUGCAGCCCAAGAAGUUCCCGAAAGGACGCCAGGACAACGACUCCCACGUGUACGCUGUCAUCGACGACACCAUGGUGUACGGGCACCUGCUCCAGGGCUCCAGCGGGUCCUUCCUGCAGCCGGAGGUAGACACCUACCGGCCCUUCCAGGGCGCCAUGGGAGACCGCCCGCCCAGCCCGCCACCCACCACCAAGCUGGCCGAGGACGAGCCCGAGAGCGAGCCCUACACCUUCUCCCACCCCAGCCAGGCAGCCGGGAGCCACGGGAGCACUCUCGCCCCCUUGCUGGACACGCAGGAGCCAGGGCGGCCAGCCGAGUAGCUUUGUGUGUCUCAGUGCAUGGGUUUCCCGGACCCCAGCCCUGAGCCCACCCCCUCCGUGAUGAGACCUCAGGGCCACAGGUGGAUCCUGAUCCGGAUCCAGAUCUGUCAUCCCAAGCCUACGGGUCCUGCUGGGCUCUUCCAGUGACAGGAGAGCGGCCACUUCUGGGAGCCCAGUGAGGUCCUCAUGUCUGUCGGGAUAAAAUGAGACCACAGCAAGGACAGUGCGCCUCUUUCCUCCUGUUAUUUAUUUGGCUCGUGUUCCCAGAAGAGGUGGGGUCACAACCACGCACUCCUCUCACCUCUGCACACUUGGGUUCUGACUUCUCCAGUCCCCGGAUGAAAAGCACCCCUGUCCCCGGCGAGGUGGGAAUGAGUCUCAACCACAAGGGUGUGAAUGUGGCGGCCCCACCACUGCCAGACUUCAUCCCCGGUCCCCUUGUCCUCUGCUCCUGGGGAUGAGAGAUUUCCUGGAGUGGCCAUGCAGCUCCCCCAGCUGCAGCUGUGCCGGACGCUGAAACAGAAACUCGAGGACGUCUGCAUCCUCAGAUGUUCACACCUGCGCCGGAGUUGCCACUGUGCUAGCUGCUGCAACCCAGGUUCAUCUGUCUGCUCACAGAUCUGGAGACGAGGGUGCCGGGGACGAGCUUCUCCAGGCCAAGGCCCAGUGCUGUCUAGGCACCAGUGCCACCUGCUCGUCUGACCCACGCACCCCCAGGAAAGCCCCUCCCCACCCAGGAGGGGGUAGGACGCAAGCAUCUUUGGGGAGCUGCCUGCCUACGCCUUCUCCGGCCUCUGACUCCCUUGGAGCAGCUGAGAACCGAGCAGCCAUGGGGCAUUUGGAAUAUUUUUUUCUUUAAGUUACCAACAUUUAAAUCACAAAGUGUUAGGGAAAAAUCCCAGUCAAAAGAGCCAGUCAGGCUGGGCCCAGAGGCACCUGGUGACCACCAGCCAGGGCUCUGCUUCAGGUGGGGUGGCCCAGCACCCCAAGCGUGGGCCCCACUAUAAGGCCACAUGUCGGUGCACAGUGCAGCAGCCUGCAGGGUGCUCCUCUUGGAAGGAAGGAAAGACAGACUCUUCUGUGACCCUGGUGUGUCCUGGACAUGGCGCUGCCCCAGCCUGGCUUGUGCUGGCCUGGCUGCUCUCCGAGCUGGUCAGAGAAGGCCUCACGGCUCACCAGCACUGCAGGAGGCCUCUGCCCCUCCCCCUCCCGCCUUCCCCUCUCCCAUCACCUUUUUCUCCUCCUUCUCAAGUCCAGGAUCCUCUGGAGAGGCACCACCUGGCAUGUCUCUGUGGCAGAAUGGACAGGAAGUGAUUGCCCAGCCAAGUGUCCUUCAAGGCCCCCUGUGUCUCCAGAAGGGUGGGAAUUUUUCCUUUUUAUCGGUACUACCGGGGAUCGAACUCACGAUGGCCUGCUUGCAAGGCAGGCGCUUAUGCCACUGAGCUAAACCCCCAGCCCCUAAAGGGUGGGGGCUUGUUCAUUAUUCCACUUGAGGUGCUGCCCUAACCCCCUUCUUUCCCUCCUGAAAGUCUGUCCCCGCCCCGUUACCUGCAGCAGUGACCUGGGGCAGUGUCCCAAGAAGGAGCUGGGUGGUGCUCACUCAUUCCCUCCAUCUGUCUCCUUGGGCUGCCCCACACAUUGUCCGUCUCUUGCCUGGACCCAGGCGGCCAUUGUGAUAACACUAAACCCUGGGCCGAGUCGCCAGCACCUGGAGCCUGCGCUGCAGCUGAGUGCAGCCUGAGCUGCACCAGGUCCUCUUGAUUCAAGGUCUCCGAGGCCACAUGCCGAGUGGAUGAUGUGCACCUCCCACACCCUUCCUUCCACCCUGGACCCACGGACACGCGGGCACCUCCACCAGGUCUGGGCCCCUGCGGGAAGAGGAUGGUCGAGAGGAAGGGCCAGGGGGGACAGUUGUGAGCCCCUGAAACACAGCCUCAGUCAGGACAGAGGACCAUGCAUGUGGAGCUGUGACGUUACCUAGAAAUAAUUUAUUUAUGGAGAGACUUUUUAAGUAGCAUUUACCUAUUCGUUUCCUAUGCUUUUUUAAAAAAUAAAAUAAAUAUGCAAGA